ACUUUGCCAUUAAUAAACCCGAGACUUUCACAAAAUGUUUGGUCAUCGAAAUUUGCUUCAGUCAUGGAAAAGUCCUGGAAGUCCAUUGGUCAACACGCGUAUGAGCCCUGAUAUUUAGUUGCGUCUUCUUCAUCUAUCUCACUUCAUCGGUCUCAAUCCUCAUUCUCGAAUUAACAAACAACUGAUAUUUAUGCAAAUGUUGAUACGAAUUAGUAAAAUGAGUCGUGAGCCGGUCGGGGCACGGUAGCUUUUGAGGAAUGUGUUCGUUCUCUUUUUUAUCUUCAGGCUGUUGUCGACGAGCACAUUCCUCCGGUGAAUAUCUCUGUUGGGUGUUUGAUUAAGAAAUCACUAAACCCGUCAUCUAAGAACCCCUGAAAUCACGCUUUUGAUAGCAGGACGGUUGUUUUAUGUGCUCGUCACUUCACAUUGUAGAUGGAAAUCUGUCCAAAAUGUCCUCAUUCCCAUGUGUGUGUGUGUGUGUUUCUUUCAUCUCAUGACGCACAGUGUUUGAUUUCCAGUGUUUUCCUGCAGAGUGACAGAUUAAGUGGACUUCAGACCUGGCCUGAGUCAACAGUGUUGUUUACAGUCGUGGGUCAAGCUGCGUUCAGUGGUUUUCACACAUUCCCGAUGCCCGACGGAGCCGAGGGCGUCCGGACCGCCGGUCCCGUUUGUGUCGAUCGCAUCAAACCCGAGAAAUAGCUUCUGUGAUGGAGGAACCCCAAAUUCAUUGUUGUGGUUUCAGUGGCUGUGGGAAGUCAUUUUCCUGAGGUUUUACUUGUACAUUUAGCUAGUGGAGCCCCUUUAUUUAAAAAUAAAACAAAUAAAAAAGUCUCUUUCUCAGGGCUUGAAACACAUGGAGUGUUUUGCGCAGCAUGGCUGGACAUCAGAAGACUUGUUGCCAUGUUUAGAGAAGAUAUUUAUGGCUGGAUCCAAGUCUCUCUCUCUCUCUCUCUCUCUCUCUCUCUCUCUCUGUGAAGAAUGUGGACAGCUGGAAAAGCCAAAAAGGGACACGAUGACAAGGCUAGUGGGAUAGUGUGGGAUAGUGUGAGAUUUUGUUUCAUGCUGAGGAAUAGGCUCCCAUAUUGUUGACUCUGCUCACCCCGCUUUUGUUUUGUUGAAAUAAUUUAGUGAAAUUGCUCAAAUGUUUUAUUUUCUGCUCGUCGAGGAAGUACGACAACAAUCGAGAGACGAGACGUCGCUUGACAAGCCUCUCAUUCACCGGGAAAUGCCCUACACACCGAGUGUUUCCUCGGGCAGCAGCGAUGUCGGGCUCCUACGAUGAAUCCAUGACGGACGUCUCCAGCGACAGCUUCUGGGAGGUCGGCAAUUACAAGCGAUCGGUGAAACGGGUCGACGACGGCAAUCGGCUCUGCAACGAUCUGAUGAGCUGCCUGCAUGAACGAGCGCGUAUUGAAAAGUCGUACGCGCAGCAGCUCUCAGAAUGGGGAAAGCGCUGGCGGCAACUACUAGAAAAAGGGCCUCUGUACGGCACGUUGGAGCGGGCGUGCGCCGCUCUGUGCACGGAGGCGGAGAAAGUGAGCGAGCUCCACAUGGAGGUGAAGUCGACGCUGAUGGGCGAAGACUACGAGAAGCUGAAGAACUGGCAGAGGGACUCCUUCCACAAGCAGAUGAUCGGCGGCUACAAGGAGACCAAAGAGGCCGAAGACGGCUUCCGCAAGGCCCAGAAACCCUGGGCGAAGAAACUCAAAGAGAUGGAGAUAAUAAAGAAGUCGUACCACUCUGCCUGUAAAGAAGAGAAGCUGGCAGCCAGCAGGGAGAACAACGGCAAACUGGAGAGCAACAACACCCCCGAAGCCCAAAAGAAGCUCCAGGAAAAGGUGGAGAAGUGUCAGCAGGAGGCGCAGAAGACUAAAGAACGCUACCAGAAGUCCCUGGAGGAACUGGACAAGUUGACCCCUCAGUACAUGGAGAACAUGGAGCAGGUGUUUGAGCAGUGGCAGCAGUUUGAAGACAAACGCAUCUGCUUCUUCAGAGAGCUGCUGCUGGAGGUCAAGCAGCACCUGGAUCUCUCCACCAAUCACAGGUUCCAGACGAUCUACCACACGCUGGAAGACACGGUCUCUGCUACUGACGUUGAAGACGACUUGAAAUGGUUCCGGUCCAAUCACGGCCCCGGCAUGCCAAUGAACUGGCCCCAGUUUGAGAAUUUGGAGCGGCCCCAUCCUCCUCGCUCCUUUAGAAGAAGGUCCAUUUUAGACUGGUCCAUAGACCUGAACCGAACCCUAAGCAGACGAGAGAAGAAGAAGCCCUCGGAGGGCGUCACGCUGACGGGCAUCAGCCAAACUGGGUCAGACCAGCAGGUCCAGCCCGCCAAGACCAGCAGCAGGCUGACUGUGCCCACUAACACAGCGCCAGUGGGCAUAAACCCUUUUGAUGAAGAGGUGCAGGAGGAUGAUGAGGAGGAGGAGGAGGAAAAUGAGGAGGAGGAGGAGGAGGAGGAGACGGCCGUGGAGCAGUACACCACAGUCAACCACAUCAGUGUGAAUAAAGAGGCGAUAAAAACUGCGAGCAGCACGGAGAAGACUCCCGAUUGGUCAGACGAGGACACUGGCGCUAACCCCUUCUCCACCAACGGCGACGGGAACCCAUUCGAAGACGAGCCGGCGGCUCCGGCCCUCUCCGUGGCCGUCAGGGCCCUCUACGACUACGACGGGCAGGAGCAGGAUGAGCUGACCUUCAAAGCAGGAGAAGAAUUAACCAAAGUCGGAGAAGAAGAUGAUCAGGGUUGGUGCAGAGGUCGGCUCAAGGAUGGGAAAACGGGCCUCUAUCCCGCCAACUACGUGGAGGGCAUCCAGUAAAACACGAAUGAAUACAUGUGAAGAGGGAAGUCGACGUGCGGCUGGGAAGGAGAACCACGCCGGCUUAUUUUAAACUCCUUUCCUCACCGGCCCGGUGUUGGAGAAGAGAGGUGGCCGAUUUUAUUUAAGAAAAGGACCACUUGAGACGUUACUCGCCACAGACUGACUGAUGGAAAUUUAACAACAAGGCGAAGAAGAAUCACAGAGGGGAGAGAGAAAAAAAUUGCUGUCAGUGUAAGAUACGUUGUUACUUAGAAUCCCAUUUACGCUGUUACAAAAAUAAUAGCCUUUCAAGUCUAUAUAUUCGAUGAAACAAAAACGUAUGUGUGAAUUUAUAUAUUGUUCAAACGAAACACUGGGAUGACACUCUGACGAAUCGUCUUGCGAUGUUACGUGCGGCCUCGAUAAGCGAGCCUCUGUGGAUUGUUUAAGGGAGAUGACCCUUUUAUAAACACCAUUAUCUACUUUUUUUCUUUUUAGGUUUGAGCCCAUUUCUACCUGAUCCAGUCCAUAACUGUUGAUUGAUCCAUAUUCCUUUGACAAAGUGGGCCCUUGUGUUGAGAUUAGUGCGACGGGUUUGACCUGGUUUUAGAAAUCCGUGUUUACUUACGUCGUUCAUUCCUUUUCAGGGUUCUGCGAUCUCCGUUCAGUUCGACUGUUGUGGUUAUUUUAUAAGGAACGAUCAAAUCAAUUCGAGCCUCGUGCCGACGUGGUCUUCAUGUAGUUCGCACUGGGUCGGUUCCUCUAGUCGUUGCAAUUUGAAUGUACAUUCACUGAUAGUGUUUUAUCACUUUUGAUUGUUUUUGCUGACUUAAGCUUGUUUUUUUUCCUUGUACUGACUCAUUAACCCCAGAACAAAGUGCCCUGAAGCUCUUCACGAGAGAGAAAAAGUCAAUACCUUCUGUUGAUUGUAGAUUGUAAUACUUAUUUGGGUUAUUUUUUCAUCACGACACUGAAAGUUUCUCACAAACGUUUAUCACACUUGAAUCUCCAUGUUGUAAAUGCUCUCACGGUCAAGUUAUGGGAGACAUUUUUUAUGUUUUUUUUUUUUGGGGGGUGGAAUAUAUUACAAUUCAUAGCAAUAAAACCACGGCCAAGUAUGGCAUUGCAUACAUGCAUGUAAAUAGCCUGGAUGAGAAAUAUUAGAACAAAUUAAGCAUCGAUAUCAGAUGAUAUGUAGUUUGAAAUUGAUUGUUAAUUUAUGAUGCCACAAGUGCUUUUUGUUCUACUCUUGUUGGAAUGCUGUGACGGAGUCAGUUUGUUCGGUAAUCGAAUGUUUUAUGUCAAAUAUCCCCUGAAUCUGUUAUGAUAUAUUUGUAAAUAUGACCUUUUUUUUCCCAACACAGAGGGCCAUAAUCAUUGAAUUAAUCAUCAAAUGUGUGAAUAAUUGUUAAUUUUCCCUUAGGAAGCUAUAUGAUAUGAACGGAUCUACCUGUUUUAAUUACCUGAAUACAUAUGUUUGGAUCAUCAUGUAUUUUGUAGGAUUGUUUUUUUUUCUGCAGUCUUAUUUCCCUUGCGCAAGCUCCAAAAUAUUUUUCACACUUUCUCGAUGAAAUCGUUGGAGAGAAGAAAAAAAGAAGCUAUUUGAUGCGUUUAACUGCAGCACACGCGGAGGAUGAGUUGUUCUCUAUAUUACUGGCGAGAGAGGAGACAUGUCCACGUUGUCGGGGAUGACGUCAAAACGCAGCAACGGCUGUACUUGCACAGUGAGGUUUGUAAAACUACAUAAUAAAUGAAUUUAUUGGAAGAAAUACA